AUGAUGAACUUCAAACAUUUGCUGAUGCUGGCACUGUGCCUGCUGCCGCUGAUGGUCGCCCCCGGUAGCGGUCGUGCCGUCGUGUUGGAUCCGGACACGGCACUAACCGCGUCUGCCUCAUCGUCUGAAGGUGUGCGCGCGGACGGUGGCCGUGCGAUAAGACCCACGUUCGUCAAAAUUACGUCCGCACCGCCGGCACGUGUUGCACAGAUCCGUGGCACCACCGUGGAGCUGGAGUGCGAAAUAAUGGGAUCACCGACACCGACCGUCCAGUGGGUGCACGGAAGUGGUCAAACAGCCGAUUGGGAAGAUAUCAGCGUCAACGUUAUCACGGAGGACAACCCAACGUCCGUAGCACGCGUGGUGACGCGGUUGGUGAUUGACCGUGCAUCACGUGCUUCACAAACAACAUUCACAUGCAUCGGGCGUUCGGCCGGCCAGGAAGUUAGCUCAUCGACCGCCGUUCACCACGUUGACAGCGUAUCGCAUCUGGGCAACUUCUCCGACAUGCCGCUGCUACGCCCAUCCGCUGCCGUCGAUUCGAUGUUCAAGAACUUGAAGGGAGCACGCAUCACGCUACACUACAAGACGCUGUUCGAGAACAUGGGCUCAACCGUGGUUUUGCCGUGCAAGGCAAUUGGUCGCCCGCUGCCCGAGAUUACUUGGUUGAACGAAGAAGGCAACGUGGUCGGCAGUCUGCAAGAUCCACGAUUCCGCACGCUGCCAACCGGUGAGCUGAUCAUCACCGGACUCCGGUGGGCCGAUAUGGGAUCGUACACGUGCGUAGCGAAAAAUGUGCUAUCGAAAGACGAAUCGGAAACGUUCGUUUACCCGAUACGACCUAACUAG